AUGAAGGACUAUCUCAAGUUCUAUCAGCGUAGUUUCGAUAGACUUCGACUUACCCAUGGCUCCAAAGGACCGAGCAAGAGCGAAAUAGACGCAUAUGCAACUUGGGAGCUCAAUUACGAGCAGCUAGAGAGGAAGAACACGGAAGCAUCCUCAGAUGCCAUCCAGUUACUCCAAGUCUUUGCUUUUUUCCACAGAGAAAACCUCGCGCCAGAGAUAUUUUCCAAGGCCUUGCGAAACUUCAAGAUUGAAGCAGACCAGGAGGAGAAAGAGCCUGAGAAUGAAUUCAAGGCGACGACGACUUGGAAACAGUGGUUUAGAGGAAUGGGUGUGCUCGUCGUCGCUUUUUUGAAGAAAAACAGAGGGCCCCCUCCAAUCCCGCGUCUCCUGCGCCAUGGUCGGAAAUCAGGACGCCUCGAAGAGUGUGAGGAUCGCAUCCUUUACGCCUUGAGAGAGCUGACUGAUCUAUCUCUGAUAGAGCGAAACUCUCACAAUGAUACAUAUGUCAUGCAUCCAAUCAUCCACAUUUAUGCGAGAGAACGGCCCAGAAUGAAGCUUGUAGAUCAGGUCCUCUGGGCCGACAUUGCUGGCAUCGUUCUCGCUUCCUCUAUUCUUCUGCCACCACUAGGAGUCGGAGAAGAGGUCGAAAAAUACCACAUCAGCUUGCUUGCCCAUGUUGAGCAGGUCGAGCUUUGUCGCGACGACCUGCGAGACAGGAUAUCGAAGAAAGAACCAUCUUGGACUUCUUGGUUGACCGCCGCACCUACAGUUUGGUUGACCGCCGCACCUACAGUAAAUGUCGAUUUGUUGCGAAUGAAGGCCAAGUUUGCCUUUGUUUAUGCCACAUGUGCCAAAUGGGAUAAAGCGAGGUCAUUGCUCCAAGAGGUCAAGACAAUUUGCGAUUCCGUCCUGGGCGCCCACAACCCCAGAUCAAGGAGGGCGACUCUUUUCCUCUCCGAUGUGCUUUUGUGCAUGGAUCGGUCGGUCGAAGCAGCAGACUUGCAAGAAGCAUUACUCAAAACCUGUUCAGACUUCCUGGGCAAGGACCACCCUGAGACGUUGAGGGUGAUGAGCAAACUGGGAGGAACUCUCUGGCAACGAGGGCAGUACACUACAGCUCUCGACUUGCAAAGAAGCGCUGUCGCCGGCAUGAGGGUGCAAUUAACAGCAGAGCAUCCCGAUACGCUCGAGGCCAUCGACAAUCUUGGCCGAACGGUCGCCAAGUUCUGGACCCCCGACAGCAUUGAGGAGUCUCGUGUACUUCAUACCGAGGCGAUUGAAGGAAUGACCAAGACACAUGGGGCCGAGCAUGCACAGACACUGGCUGCCAAAGAAAAUCUAUGCAGGAUCCUAGUUCUGCUUGGCGGAGACUAUUUCAACAUGGCCGACGAGCUGAUGAGCCAUGUCCUUGAAACCCGCAAGACCAAGCUUGGAAAAGAACAUGCACAAACGCUUCUAGCAACGGCCAAUUACUCAAUCGUGAAGUGCGGCGUCGGCGACUUUGAUGAGGCAGAGAGGCUGAUGUCACUCGGCUUGCCCAUUGCCGAGAGAAAUCUAGGGGAGAACCACAUCGGCGCCCUUUUCGGCCGUCAGGUUUUGGCCUGCAUACUUAUGCAGCAAGGCAGGCUGAGCGAAGCAGAAGAGAUGCUGCGUCGAGUCACGGAAAAGCAGAAGAGCAUGGAGUCGAGACGUGGAAACUACCACCCUGACCGACUUGGAGCACUUAUAGAUCUCGCUCGCUGCUCCUAUUUGCAGGGGAAAAUUGCCGAAAGCGUGAGAAGCUGUGAGGAAGCAAUAGAGGGUUUCACGUCCAUCGCCAUCCAAGAACACCCUCUGGCAUCGUCGCUAAAAGCUGCCAGAGAGCAAAUGCUGAGACAAGAGGGGCAGGCGAAUAGCAAUGUGAAACGUGGUCCACAGACAAAGGUCGUCUUCCCAGCUAUAUUCUUCAAGUUCCCAGAAAAUUGA